AUGGUUCAAUCAAACGCGCAAAAGGCAGUCUGCGUUUACUGCGGGUCUUCUUACGGUAACGAUUCCAAAUUCUCGAAUGAGGCUCGCAAUUUGGGCCAAUUGUUGCACUCCAUGAAGUGGAAGCUAGUGUACGGUGGUGGAACGACGGGCUUGAUGGGGGAGAUCGCCAGAGCCGCGAUGGGGCCCAAAGUGGAUGGGUUUGUGCACGGUAUCAUCCCCCGUGCGCUGGUGUCGCGGGAACGCGACGACGACGCUGCUCAAGUGGACGAAAAAGCCGUUUCGUCAUUCAACGACGAAAUCAAGAAAUCCGUGGAAAACCACAGCGGGUUGACGCCAUUGAGCCACGAAUACGGCUCUACUACCAUUGUACCAGACAUGCACACGCGCAAGCGGAUGAUGGCGACUGAAAGCGACGCGUUUGUGGCGAUGCCGGGCGGAUACGGUACUUUGGAAGAGAUCAUGGAGUGCAUCACGUGGUCGCAGCUUGGCAUUCACCAAAAACCAGUGGUGCUAUUCAACAUGGACGGGUUCUUCGACGGGCUGUUGGCGUUUAUCCAGCACUCCAUCAGAAGCGGGUUUAUCAGCGAGAAAAACGGGCAGAUCAUCCAGGUUGCCAACAGCGCGGAGGAGGUGAUUGACAAGAUCCAACAGUACAUAGUUCCCGAGGGCCGGUUCACUUUGAACUGGAGCGACGAACACCGCGGCGACAAGUGA